AGAGCUGCAGUUUUAGGCCGAGGAGAUUAUCGAACGGAAGGAGGGUUACCGGAAAUCUAUUUCUGCUGACGGAUCGAGCUCGGCGAGCUCUUCAUCAGCUUUCAUCUUCCGGUGAAUCUUUAUUAUUUUCUUUCUGUCUCCGUAAGUUUAGUUUGGAGGUACAAAGUUCCGACAAAUUGAGGAAAUUUUUCACAAAAUAUCAUCUUGGUCCAGUGGAUUCUUUUGAUGCCAUGACUGUCCUUGCCAAUUUGCGUCUUCUCACCUAUUCAGAAGAGAUUGUAGAUGGACAGCCGAUUUAUGUUUCCUCAAAUUGUCUUCCAAUUAAGGCUUUUAAGUACGAACCUGCUGGCCAUGCUUUCCAUAAUGCUGCCCUCAAACUCCUUGGUUGUGAAGAUGAGGAAGUGAGUGAUGACAAUGAGCAGACGUCUGAUGAUGCAGAACAGAAAUAUGCUCCAUCAUUUGAUUCAUAUAGUAGCAAAGGUAAAAAGAAAUCUGGUGGAUCCACCCAACAAGAUCAUUAUGCAUUGUUGGGUUUGAGCAAUUUGAGAUAUCUAGCCACAGAGGAACAGAUAAGAAAAAGUUAUCGUGAAACUGCUUUGAAGUAUCAUCCUGACAAACAAGCUGCACUUCUUCUUGCCGAGGAAACUGAAGCUGCAAAACAAGCAAAAAAGGAUGAAAUAGAAACUCAUUUUAAAUUGAUUCAAGAAGCUUAUGAAGUGUUAAUCGAUCCUGUCAAAAGAAGAAUUUAUGACUCAACAGACGAGUUUGAUGAUGAAGUUCCAACUGAUUGUGCUCCACAAGAUUUCUUUAAGGUGUUUGGUCCAGCUUUUAUGAGGAAUGGGCGUUGGUCUGUAAACCAAUCUAUUCCAUCAUUGGGUGAUGAUAAAACACCAUUGAAAGAAGUUGAUGAUUUCUAUAACUUUUGGUAUAGCUUUAAAAGUUGGAGGGAGUUCCCACACACUGAUGAAUUUGAUCUUGAGCAAGCAGAGUCUCGGGACCACAAGAGGUGGAUGGAGAGGCAGAAUGCUAAACUUUCAGAAAAGGCUAGAAAGGAAGAAUAUGCUAGGAUUCGUACUCUAGUAGAUAAUGCUUACAAAAGAGACCCUAGAAUACAAAGAAGGAAGGAGGAAGAGAAAGCUCAAAAGCAGAGGAAGAAGGAAGCAAAAUUUUUGGCAAAGAAGUUACAGGAAGAGGAAGCUAUUAGGCUUGCUGAAGAGGAGAAACGAAGGAAGGAGGAGGAGGAUAGACGAGCGGCAGAAGUGGCUCAACAACAGAAAAAGGUGAAAGAGAGAGAGAAGAAACUCCUGCGCAAAGAACGGACUCGUCUUAGAACGCUUUCUGGGCCUAUUGUAUCUCAGUCUUUGCUUGAUCUUUCUGAGGAAGAUGUAGAAAAUCUCUGUUCAUCUCUUAACAUUGAGCAGCUGAGAAGUAUUUGUGAUAAAAUGGAAGGAAAAACAGGAAUGGAGCUUGCCAAAGUUCUUAAAGACGCACAGGAAUGCAGUAAUUCAGAGAGAGAGCAACCAGAAGGCAAGAAAACAGGACACCAGAAUGGGUUUACAUCUGCUAAUGCUGGGACCCCAUUAAGCAGCAGCCUUCCGAAGAAGGAGAGGCCUUGGAGUAAAGAUGAAAUCGAGCUCUUAAGGAAAGGUAUGCAGAAAUAUCCUAAAGGAACUUCUCGUAGAUGGGAGGUUAUCUCAGAGUACAUUGGUACAAAAAGAUCUGUCGAAGAAAUUUUGAAGGCAACCAAAACGAUCCUCUUACAGAAGCCCGACUCUUCGAAAGCUUUUGACUCAUUUCUUGAGAAAAGGAAACCAGCACAGUCCAUUGCAUCUCCACUUUCAACUAGAGAAGAAUUAGUAGGUUCGACCUCUCAAAAACCCGAAGACAAUUCAGCAACUAACGGUAAUCUUGACAUGUCUUCAAGCCAAAAUGUAAACAACCAAACUCCUAACGAUUCAUCUGCAAAUGGAGUAUCCUCUAGUUCAGAUCAAGAUGAUUGGUCAGCUGUACAAGAAAGAGCACUAGUCCAAGCUCUGAAAACAUUCCCAAAGGAGACCAGCCAGCGAUGGGAGCGGGUUGCAGCCGCCGUUCCUGGGAAGACAGUGAACCAAUGCAAGAAAAAAAUCACAUCAAUGAAGGAGAGCUUCAGAAACAAAAAGAAUGCUGCUUAGUUACUGAGGUUUCUUUCUUAUGGUGGGCAAAAGUGGUCUUUAAGGAGAAAAUUGUUUCCAAAUUUAUUUAUAUCGAAAAGGGUUCAUCUGGAUAUCCAACCGAUUGAUUCUUCACGAGGUCAGCUUAUUAUUUUAACUUUUACAUAGGGGUUUCUAUUUUUAUGAAAUUUUAUCAAUAGUCUACAGCCUUCUAGUUAGUAACUUGGAAUUCCCUGAAGAGAUAGAGUAUCGCGUAUGCGGAAGAGUUUUGUAUUUCUUUUUCUUAUGUUGUCUGAAACGAUUCGUGUAGAUCCAUGUUUAAAUUAUUUAUAGCAUGUGGCUUUAUUAGAAUGA